UCGGGGCGGAGCGCGCGGGCAGGCGCGGCUGCGCGCGCGGACGGUGACAAUGGCAUCGGAUGAGCGGCUGGCCCGCUUCCGCCAGGCCCACCUUAACCCCUUCAACAAGACCCCUGAGCAGCCAGAGUGCCCCGAUGAAGAAUCCCCUGUCCCAGCCCAGCAGCCGGAUCCCACCCCAGGGGACCCUGAGGGCACCCUGGACCUGGGGCUGGCCGAGGACCACUUCUCCCGCCCUGUGGGGCUGAUCCUGGCAUCGGACGUGCCGCAGCUGCGCCAGGCCAUUGAGGAGUGCAAGCGGGUGAUCCUGGCACUGCCUGAGCACUCGGAGCGGCAGAAGGACGCUGUGGUCCGGCUCAUCCACCUCCGCCUCAAGCUGCAGGAGCUGAAGGACCCCGGCGAGGACGAGCCCAACAUCCGGGUGGUCCUGGAACAUCGCUUCUACAAGGAGAAGAGCAAGAGCGUCAAGCAGAUGUGUGACAAGUGCAGCACCAUCAUCUGGGGGCUCAUCCAGACCUGGUACACCUGCACAGGCUGCUACUACCGGUGCCACAGCAAGUGCCUUCCACUGGUGAGCCGGCCUUGCGUGCGGGCCCAGGUGAGCCACCGCGCCGAGUACCAGCUCAGCAUCUGCCCCGAGAGCGGGCUGGACAGCCAGGACUACCGCUGUGCCGAGUGCCGUGCCCCCAUCUCCCUCCGGGGGGUGCCCAGCGAGGCUCGACAGUGCGACUACACCGGCCUCUACUACUGCUCCAGCUGCCACUGGAACGACCUGGCUGUGGUGCCUGCCCGUGCCAUCCACAACUGGGACUUCGAGCCCCGCAAGGUGUCACGGUGCAGUAUGAGGUACCUGGCACUGAUGGUGUCACGGCCGGUGCUGAAGCUGCGGGAGAUCAACCCACUGCUGUUCAACUACGUGGAGGAGCUGGUGGAGAUCCGAAAGCUGCGCCAGGACAUCCUGCUGAUGAAGCCCUACUUCAUCACCUGCAAGGAGGCGAUGGAGGCACGGCUGCUGCUGCAGCUGCAGGACCGGCAGCACUUCGUGGAGAACGAUGAGAUGUACUCACUGCAGGACCUGAUCGACAUCGAGGCCGGGCGCCUGGGCUGCUCCCUCACUGAGAUCCACACACUCUUUGCCAAGCACAUCAAGCUGGACUGCGAGCGCUGCCAGGCCAAGGGAUUCGUGUGUGAGCUGUGCCGGGAGGGUGACGUGCUAUUCCCCUUCGACAGCCACACCUCGGUCUGUGCCGACUGCUCUGCCGUGUUCCACAGGGACUGCUACUAUGACAAUUCCACCACCUGUCCCCGGUGUGCCCGGCUGAGCCUGCGGAAGCAAUCCCUGUUCCAAGACUCCGGCACGGAGGGAGAGCCCUGAGGAGGGUUUCAUCUCGUGGAGGGGCUCAGCCCCACAGCUCUUCUCCACCCACUACAGGCCCCUGGGACAGACACAAACAGCUCCAUGCCGGUUUGGGUACUGGGGUGGCCCUGGCUCCGGGACCCUCUGCCUGUGGGAACGGCAGUGCUGCCAGGGGGCACAGCUGGACCCCAGCUGUUCCUGGGAAAAUGGGGACCCCUGCCGGAGGAGCCAGGAUCUGGUUAACUGGGAUCCAGUUAAGGCGCCACAGCGGCUCCUGCCGUCCCUGUGUGGAACCGGGGUGCGGGCAGGGAUGGGGUGCAGGCAGGGACCGGUGCUCCGUUGUCGCGGGGCAGUGGGUGCUGCCAGGAGGGCUAGCCCCGGGACCGGACAGAGCCCACACCCACACACUACUGGGAUCCGAUCUCCCCCCAGCACCGCCGUUAACGGGGCCGAACCCCAAGGAAGUUGCGGGGUAGGGGGGACCGGGCGCCGCGCGGGGCCAGUGUCUCCCCCUUCCCUCCCGGUGUUUCCUGUAGCAUUAACGAGCCUCUUUGCGCAA